AACCGGUCACUGUCAAUGACUCUUACAUCUCUCGGUGGUUCUGUGACCUCUGUUGUUUUCCCAUUGAUUGUUCGGACGUUACUACAAACCUAUGGUUUCCGUGGAGCAAUGCUGAUACAUUCUGCUAUCCUGCUAAAUACCGUUAUAUGUGGGGCUGUUGUCUUCCCUCUGACUUCAAAAGGGUUGAGGGAAGACACAGACGUAGAUAAAGAGCCACUGGACAUGUCAUUUUGUAAAAAUCCAAAAUUUCUUACCUACCUGGUGACGAAUUUUACUCUUUCUAUUGGAUACUAUAUGCCACCUGGUCUACUUCCAAAUACGGCUUUGUCCACAGGUGUAAGUCUUGAUGACAUCUCGUUAGCAUUUUCUAUCGGAGGCAUUGCCAGUAUACUUGGAAGAAUUCUGUUUGGGUUUAUAGCGCAUAGACAUCCAAAUCAAACAACGAAAUUAUUUAGCUUUUUCAUCAUAGCAAUGGGACUACCAAUGGGUAUAAUACCAUUUUCAUCUACAUUUAUACACUAUCUAGUGUUCUGUUUAAUUAAUGGAUUUUUCUUAGGCGGAGUAAAUCUUGGUUACAACUUAUCCUUGAGAAAUAUAUUACUUCCAAAAUAUUAUGGACGUGGAAUUGGAUUUGGAUUACUAGUGCAGAGUCUGGCUAGCUUGGUGGGUAAUCCAUUCGCUGCUUUCUUACAAGAUGAUUUUGGUGAUGGAGGAAUUCCAUUCUAUCUUGGAAUGUCAAUCCUUGUUCUCUCUGGGUUAGUACUAUUGCCAUUUUCAUCAGCGAUAAAGGAGACUGCUACUGAAAUAAACAUUAUUGUACCAUCGAAUCGUGUUACAAAACGUAUCAAAUAUAACUAUUCAAUGAAUGACAUAGCCGAUUCAGUCGUUUCAUACUUUUAAUUCGUAUCGAAUUACACCAUGUUUAUGUUGUCAUUUGUUUAAAAAUGAA